AUGAGACCGAGAACGGCACUGUUGGACUCAGUCCUAUACCUAGGGCGACGAAGGGUACCAUGCACGCUUCGGAGCAACGGAGGAAGUAUACAUACUCACACACGAACACUAGCCACGCAAGCCGAGCAUUCCACCGCCCUACCCGACUCGGAAACGGGAAAGGAGCGCGUCGUGAUCCUGGGCUCGGGCUGGGGCGGCUAUACGCUCUCGCGGCGGCUGUCGUCCAGCAAGUUCUCGCCGCUCAUCAUCUCGCCUCGCUCGUACUUUGUCUUCACGCCGCUGCUGACGGAUGCGGCGGGCGGCUCGCUGGAUUUCUCGAACAUCGUGGAACCCGUGCGCGACCCCAGGGCGCACGUCGACUUCAUCCAGGCCGCGGCGCGGGCGGUCGAUCUCGUGAACAAGCGGAUUCUCUGCGAGGCGACAGUUGUCAAGAGCGGUGUUACUGAGUCGCCGCGGACGGAGGAGGCGGCGGCUGAGAGCAGUAGUACUAACCAGUCCGAGGGUCAGAGUCAGAAAAUGACUCGGUACCAGCCGGAGUCGGCGGCGCGCCGCUGGGAGGAAGGUGAGAUGUUUGAGAUCCCAUACGACAAGCUGGUGGUGGCCGUGGGCGCGGUCAGCCGCACAUUCGGCACGCCGGGCGUGCGCGAGAACGCCAUGUUCUUCAAGGACAUCGGGGACGCGCGGCGGGUGAAGCGGCGGGUGCGCGAGUGCUUCGAGCUGGCGGUGCUCCCGACGACGACGCGGGAGAUGCGGGACCAGCUGCUGCAUUUUGCGAUCGUGGGCGCCGGGCCGACGGGCACGGAGCUGGCGGCGUCGCUGCGCGACUUCAUCUACCGCGACAUGAUCACGUUGUACCCCCAACUACACGGGGUGCCGCGGAUUACGCUAUACGAUGUGGCGCCGACGGUGCUGUCGAUGUUCGACGAGACUCUGUCGCAGUAUGCGAUGGAGACGAUGCAGAAGGAGGGGAUCGCGAUCAAGACCUCGCAUCAUGUGGAGAGUCUGCGCUGGGGGCCGCCUGGCGCGCAGCCGCCGUACGAGAUGGAUCCCAAGCGUUGUCUGACGCUCAAGACCAAGGAGGAGGGCGAGGUGGGCGUGGGCAUGUGCGUCUGGGUGACGGGGAACGCGAUGAACAAGUUUGUCCGGAACGCGCUGCAGGACGUCAAGGCUCUUCCUGCGUCGGCGGUGGUCAAGGACGCCGAUACCAACACGAACCCCAGCAACAGCGACAGCAGCAAUGCCUGGCACGUCAAAAAAGCCAAAAACGGCGCGCUGCUGGUCGACGGCCAGCUGCGCGUGCAACUCCAGAGCGACGACGGCCGCACCGCCGUGCUCCAGGACGUCUUUGCGCUCGGCGACAACUCCAUGCCGGAGACCGGGGCGCCGCCUGCUACAGCGCAGGCAACGUUCCAGGAGGCCAAGUGGCUUGCCAUGCAUCUCAACCAGGGCGACCUACAGCAGUCGGGGCCGUUCUCAUUCCGCAACCUGGGGACGCUGGCGUACCUCGGCAACGCGCGGGCGCUGAUGCAGCUGCCGCACGAGAACGGGAAGCAGUCCAAGUACCUGCCGACGGGGCUGACAGGGCGCAUGGCGUGGAUCGUGUGGAAUUCGGCGUACCUGACGAUGAGCAUCAGCUGGCGGAACCGGCUGCGGGUGGCGUUUCGGUGGUUGUUGAACAAUGUGUUUGGGCGGGAUGUAUCUAGAUAUUGA